AUGUCGAGUGAAGGAUUAGAUUGUAGUCAACCAUUGUCCAAGGUAGCACCCUAUCCAGAGCCAAAGGAAGGUCAGAAGCGAAGUGUCAUCUAUCUUCCACCGUUGGAGGACGAGUAUGCCGCCAAGGUUGAGUUGGUCAUCGGUAAGACGCUGUUGGUCGAUGGCAAUCGUCAUAUGCUCGGUGGUAAGCUCGAGGAAGUCACUCUCCAAGGUUGGGGUUACACCUACUAUGUAGUGGAGAACGUCGUCGGUCCCAUGUCGACACUGAUGUUCAUCCCAGGUCCAAAAACCGAACAAUUCGUACAGAUGCGUAGUAACAAUGAACUUGUACGUUACAACAGCAAACUUCCAAUCGUUGUAUACACACCUGCCGACGUUGAAGUUCGUUACAGAAUUUGGAGAGCAGAUACACAAACACAAAAUGCAAUUCAAAAGUAA